AUGACGAAACCAAACGAGUUACGUUCCAUUGGCAGCACGGCAUGCAAGGGCGCAAACAACGACGAGAUCGACCUCGGAGAUGAAAGCUCAGACGAUGAUGGCGGAUACGGCCCUGUCGCGCCCAAAGUGCCCUCGCAGGGCGCCUCCGCGGCUGGGCCAGCCAUAGGGCCUUCCAUGCCUCCGAGCUCGACACAUAACGCGGAUGAAAUCGAUCUUGAUGAUGAUGACGUCGGGCCACUCCAGCCUCCGCCUGUGGAUGCAAACACCAUCUCACCGCCCUCACAUAAGCGCUCUGUCGGGCCAACGAUGCGCCCCCGCGUCAACCAAUACCGCCAAAAUACCCCUCUCAGCUUCUGGCCCGGAGUCUGGCCCAGAUCCCCUCCCCGCCCCCAAGCGCACUUAUGGCCCUUCUCUCCCCCAGUCUCCUCUUCCGCACAAACAACCCGUCCUAACCCUAGCCCUGAUUCUGACGCCGACUCCGACUCCGACUCCGAUGACUAUGGCCCGGCUCUCCCUUCCGCGGCGACCUCUUCACGACCCGCCUAUACCUCACGCAUGCCCCAAGAAGCAGCGCCUGAACCCACAAAGCGGGAUGAGUGGAUGCUCGCACCGCCUUCGGCGUCUGACCGCCGCGAACAGGACCCCACAAAGCUAAAAAACCGCUCCUUCCGCUCCGGGCCUUCCGCCGCUACUUCGGCCAACGCGCAAAAGCUGGGGUUGCAAGCAUUUGGACGGAGACUGCCCAAGAAAAACUUGCGCGCCUGCAGAAUUCGUCUUUACGAGGAGCGCCAGGAAGCCAAGAAGAGAGGCAAGAUGAAGCCACAAGAUGAAGAGGAUGAUCCGAGCAAGAGGCCGUUCGACAGGGAGAAAGACAUGGCGAUAGGGGGCAACCUCGGGGCUGCUAAGAAAAGGGAACUACUAAACAAGUCAUCCAACUUUGGUGACAGGUUUCAAAAGGGAUCCUAUCUGUAG